ACCCAGUACCACUACACCUCGUGGCCAGACCAUGGAGUUCCCACGGCGCCCUCUCUCGUCAAUUUCUGGAGACAUGUCAACAUAUGCAGCAAGCAAAAUGACGGACAAGCAGGACCAAUAAUUGUCCACUGCAGUGCUGGAGUGGGUCGGACAGGUACUUUCAUCGGUCUUGACAUCUUGAUGAAUGAGGCGCUUGUGGAGGAGAAAGUGAACUUCUUCAUCGUCGUCCUCAACAUGAGGGACCAGAGGAUGAACAUGGUGCAGACACAGGGACAGUAUAAGUUCCUCCACUGGGCUGUCCUCGAGGCACUCUUCAGCAGGGAUUCGCCGGUAGUGGCUAGAGAACUGCCAGCUAUGUUGGAAGCAGGCAACAUCGUAAUCCAGGAGGAAUACGAGAAUUUGGAAGUUAUGAUGUCACUCCAGAGAGACCAGAAGACUGACGCAAAGCCAGAUCCCACACAAGAAGAUGGUGAUGAUCUAUUCAAUUUCAAUAUAACACCUCUGCCGUCGUAUUUCAACAAGAAGGGCUUCCUCAACAUCGGAGUGGUUAAGGAGCCUUCUCCCGAAGAACUAUGGCAGCUGGUAUGCGGGAACAGUUCUGGUACCAUCAUCACCAUCAGCCAGAAUCCUUCUGAUGCCAUGCCAAAGGACGUUGGCACGUCGUUGACAUUUGGAGAGUUUCACGUGACCUUGAACUCCGUUGAUGACGUUUCUGUAGGAGUGACGGGGAUGAAACUAACCAUCGAAUCAAAGACGAUGCAGACAUUUUGGGACAGCGGAUCAGGUGUGGCGUCUAUCGUCAACUACAACUUCAACUCCCCAUCUACAGAACGUCACUUUGACAAAGCCAAUCUCCUGAUGCUCGUAGAGAUCCUGACUGAACGUCAACACAUCAGUGGGCCCCAUCCCGUCAUACUCCAGUGUCGAGACGAUCCCAGGAAGUGCAGCCUCUUUGCUGCUGCAGUCAGUGUGCUGACCAGCCUGAGACUGGACAAGGAAGUGGACAUCUACUUGACAGUCAGGGAGAUACAGUGUAGAAAUGGGCAACCCAUCACCUGUGUGGAGGACUACAGAUACCUGUACGAGUUGGCCUGCCAGCAGGUGCAGUCUACAAACACAUUCGCCACCAAAUGAUGGACACCACGAUUCUCUUUAUAUGCUCAUUCAGUGUUCAGUGUUACAUGUGGAAUUGAAGAGGAAUUGGUCACACGCACCGAUAUAUUGGAAUAUUUCUAAACGCGGUGUAAUACCACAUUCAUUAAAAGUAUUGUUUUCCAUCUAAAUUAUAUAAAACACUGUUUGUUGUUCCAACCUUCGGUUUACUAUUGCUUGUCCACUGUUAUGUAACUUUCAUCUUUUAGAAACAUCCCAGUCAUACAGGAAAUACCUUCCUUGUUCACAAUUCUGUACAUUCGAAAUCUACUUCCAAACCUUUGACUGAAAAUUGACCAUGUGAAUGGUAAGAUAGUUUUAGCAUGUGCAGGGAAUAAUAAAGGUAUUAUAUUUAUGUCAAAAUAUUUCUGAAACAUUUUCACAAUGGUUAUGCAUACACAGUAUUUCAGAUACGUAGUUGUUGAUGUAUAGCGGUCAAGAUAUUCUUACAUUUUCAUAAUAACAUUUUACUACUUUUUAUCAAUUUUGUUUCACAAAAUACGUUGUAUACGUAAACUUUGUUUUCUGAAGCUUGUUUUAAUACUGAACUGUUCACUGAUACAGUCACCGCUUAAGAGGCAGUCUCCUAAAACUGAAGUUGGCUUCUUACGGUUAGUUUAUAAUAUGAUUCAUAACAUGUAACACAUCCGUGCUUGGAUACAACGACCUCGAAAGUUAACAAUAUCUUUUCACCUUUAAUGAUUCAACGGUAACAGAUGCUUUGAGAUUAUCUCAUAUAUGUGUCUUUAAGUGAGUGAGUGAGCGAGUUUAGUUUUACGCCGCACUCAACAAUUUUCCAGCUAUA